GGCGUGUGCAGUCGAGUUGGUCGGUCGACUCGUCAACUUCGUCUCGUGCAGCGUCAACAGUUGGAAAGUUGUCGAAAAUGUCGGAUGCGGCCGCCGCCACUCCUCAGAAGAAGGGAAAGGCUACCAAAAAGAAAAAGGUGCCGUCGACUCAUCCCAAAUAUCUGGAGAUGGCAGUGUCGGCCAUCGGAGCUCUCCAAGAGAGGAACGGUUCGUCUCGGCAGGCCAUCCACAAAUACAUCAUGGGCAAGUACAACGUGGGAAAGGACCCGAAAGUAGUGAAUACUCACUUAAAAAUGGCUCUGAAGAGAGGCGUGUCUACCGGAGUUUUAAAACACGUGAAAGGACAGGGUGCGUCCGGAUCGUUCCGGCUGUCGGUGGAGAAGAAGGCGGCCGCGGAAAAAGCCAAAACCACGGUUUCCAAGCCGAAAUCGAAACCUAAAGCGCCCAAAGCCAAACCCAAAGCGCCUAAACCCUCCAAAAAAGUCUCGGCGAAAAAGUCGACUAAAGAGAAGCAGCCAAAACCCAAAGUGGUCAGCAAACCCGCGGCCAAAAAACCCGUUAGCAAACCGAAAAAGAAGCAGAAACCGGCGGCUAAACCCAAACCAGCCAAGAAGGCAGCCAAAAAGCCCGCGUCGGCCAACAAAACGCCCAAAAAAAGUAAAUCGAAGAAGAGCGCAAAGAAAUGACGCUCCGGGACUUGUCUACCUGCAAAAAUUGUGAUAUAAUUACGUCGUCUGUGGACUCGGACUCUAGGACCAUCUGUAAAUAUCGCCACGCAUAUGAAAAAACCCAUCAUUAUAUCAUAACGACAGUUUGAUUUCUCGUCCAUGCCGUAAGUUUGUAUAUUUGUAUUCUUUUUAAUUUGUAGAACCAUCUGGGAACCGCGAGCUUUCUUUUGAAAAAGAAACCACCCAAGAACGUGCAUGCUACUAACAAAAAGCUAUGUGGUAAGUCUUGUCUCCAAGAUGACCAUCUAGAAAUUUCGACUUUCUGUUCGAUGGAAAUGUAUGCCGAAGCCAGCAGUUAUGUAAAGUGGAAUUGGAUCAUUAAAUGAAAGUAUUUGUUCUUA